UUUUCGAUGAUUUUGUCUCCUAGUUUCUCGGAUUUGAGGAGAUUAGUUUGUAUCUGCUUUGUAUACUUAAGGUUAAACUUCUGCUAAGCUCACGUGGGUGUUAUCUUCGGAUCUGAAUAGCUAGAAUUGAGCUCAUCAACUUGCCAGAUUGAUUUAAAUAGCUUCGAACAUAACUCACUGAGCCGUAUUUGCUUAGUCUAGUAUAUCAACACUAACCCAUUCGAAAAUGCAUCAAAUCUGUGUUCACACUUGCCAACGAACUUUAAGAUUCGUUUUAGACUAGUGUUGAUCUCUGAUAGCUUGAUUUUCCUAUGUUUGCUGAUUUAGACUUGUUGAAUCUCUUGUGGUUUGCAUUAGAUAUAUGUUUGGCUCUACAGAGUGUUGUAUAUAUAUGUACAGUGUUUUAGAAGACAGAAAGAGAGAAUGAGGAUAAUGAAGAACAACAAAUACAAAAACAAAAAGAAACCAACAUCUUUGCAUUGCAAUGAUGCAGGAGGUUGCAGAUAUUCUCUGCUUACUGUUAUUGUAUGGAUCGUCGUCGGCUUUUUCCUGGUUGCUCAUCUUAUCUCGCUCUAUACCAGAAAAGAUGACAUUCAUCAACAAGUUUCUUCUGAUCUGUUACAACUAGUACAUCAUCAGCAUCUUCAUCAUCCUGUCGUUCAUGAACUUGUCAGAGUUGAAGAAGAGAUUUUGAGAAUGCCGCCACCUAGGAAGCGUUCUCCUCGUACUAGUAAACGGAGAUCAAGAAAACCGAUCCCUCUGGUUGAGGAGUUUCUUGACGACAAGUCACCAAUUCGGCAUCUCUUCUUUCCCGGUAUGAAAAGUGCUGCUUUUGGUCCAACCAAGGAUAUGGGAAAUGAUUCCUUCCAUUACAUCCCCGGGAAAAUUUGGAUGGACACUGAAGGGAAUCCAAUUCAAGCCCAUGGCGGAGGGAUUCUGCUUGACGAGAAAUCUAACACAUACUAUUGGUAUGGGGAAUAUAAAGAUGGACCAACUUACCAUGCUCACAAGAAAGGACCAGCUAGAGUUGAUAUUAUAGGGGUUGGUUGUUACUCUUCAAAAGACUUAUGGACAUGGAAAAAUGAAGGCAUUGUACUCGGAGCUGAAGAAACAAACAAGACCCAUGAUUUGCAUAAAUCCAAUGUUCUUGAGCGACCCAAAGUGAUCUACAAUGAAAAGACAGAAAAGUAUGUGAUGUGGAUGCAUAUCGAUGAUGCAAACUACACUAAAGCUUCAGUUGGUGUGGCCAUUAGCGAUAAGCCGACAGGUCCUUUCGAGUAUCUAUACAGUAAACGUCCACACGGGUUUGACAGUCGGGAUAUGACUGUCUUCAAAGACGAUGAUGGUGUUGCUUACCUAAUAUAUUCGUCUGAAGUCAAUAGUGUGCUUCAUAUCGGACCCUUAACGGAAGAUUACCUUGAUGUGACGCCGGUUAUGAAGAGAGUAAUGGUGGGACAACGCAGGGAAGCUCCAGCUAUCUUUAAGCAUCAGAACAUUUAUUACAUGGUCACUUCUUGGUGCACUGGCUGGGCACCAAAUGAAGCCUUGGCUCAUGCAGCUGAAUCAAUAAUGGGUCCAUGGGAGAAACUGGGGAAUCCAUGUAUCGGCGGUAACAAAAUUUUCCGGUUAACAACAUUCUUUGCGCAGAGCACAUAUGUGAUUCCAUUACCGGGUGUUCCUGGUGCAUUUAUAUUCAUGGCAGAUAGGUGGAACCCGGCUGAUUUGCGGGAUUCGAGAUACAUAUGGUUACCGUUAGUUAUCGGUGGACCUGCUGAUCAGCCUUUGGAGUACAGUUUCGGAUUCCCUAUGUGGUCGAGAGUGUCUAUCUACUGGCACAGUAAAUGGCGGCUGCCUUAAAGACAUACAAAUAACCAAAUAUAUAUUUACCGAUAUCUCUGCGCUGAUCAUUGUUGUUGAUUUAUUUUGUAGAUUAGGCAUUCAUACACCGCUGUAAGGAUUAUAAUUUCUAAUAAAUCUUUUACUGAAGAA